AGAACAAAACAUCUACACAAAGCGUUCGUCCUUCGUGCGAACCACUUGUCUGUCGGUUACAGGAACUACAGCAAACAUUGGUCAACGCAAACAGGUUCAAGCAGACGCGCAGUUUGGACACGGAGGCUGCGUAGAACAGAACAUAUCAAGAUGAAGGUUUUAUAUCUAGUCAGUGCUGUUAUUUUACAGUGCAGCUGGAGUUACGGAUCUCCAAACCCCGACGGUGUAGGUGUAUUUGCAUAUCAAGAUUCAGCUGGUCGCAGAUGUAGAAGAUUUCUCCCACCAUUACCACCAUUACCGCCGUUGAAACCAUUGACACCGUUCAAGCCAUUACGUCCAUUGCCACCUCUGAAACCAUUGCCACGACUGUUGUCACCGUUCCCCACUCUUUCACCAUUUCCCCAGCUGCCACCGUUGCCACACUUUAAAAAGCUAAGGGAUGUUAUAUUUGGUAACAUAGAAAAUCAACAGCGGGCCGCAUUCGAAGCUGCACAAAACACAUUCGGCGCGUUUAAUAAUUUUCCUUUCAUUCCCAAUUUCGACUUUAGGUAUCCACCCUACGGUCAUUUCAACUACUUUGGGCCCAGUUAUCGUGCGCCGUUUGACAUGCCCGGAUCUAACAGCGCAUUUGCCGCUGGUGCCGUCGGACCCGGCUUCAGGCAUCAAGUGGCUGCCAUCAAUCCAGGGAAUCCACAAAUGCCCAACGUGGACACAACUAUGAAUAGAGAGCCUGAGAACAGGCAAGGUUUCUACAGCGUGUCCAGUUCAUCGUACGCGUCGUCACUGAACAACAACGGUGUACCACAGAACCAACGCGGCGCAGAGACCGUGGUCAACGAUAAUGGCAGAAUUACCAAAUACGUCGUACAUAAUUAAAAAAAACAUAAGAAAACAUCCUAUCCUUCAUAAUUUCCUAUAUCCAUUUUUUGUUCCAUUCAUAAUUUUAUUCUCGCCUUUUACAUAUAUCAUAAAAUGUAUAUUGUAUUAUCUGAUAUCAUACAUACUGCAGUA